UAGCGUUCACCUUAUCGAUUAUUUGGGAUGUGUAGUCAUGCGGUUCAACUUUGCCAGUGUUAACGCAAACCAGAGGACUACGGCUCCCGGCAGGCGUAGCGGCACAGUGCUUCACUAGUUACACAUUGAGUGUAGUUCGCUGCACUUGGAAAUCCGUUCAUGAUUCAGUUCAUUAAUAAAUGAACAGCUGGGUGUCAUGGCGGAGUCUGCAGCGUGUCCUGCUUUCCAGCUCGGCAGAUCCCGAUACGACCAGAGUUCAUUCCUUGGUCGACUGAGACACUUUGUAGACAUCAUCGACCCCAGCACCCUGUUUGUGUCGGAGAUACGAUUAAAAGAAUGCAUCAAGCUCCUUGAUGACUAUAAACAUGGCACGCUUCCACCUGGAGUGUCCGAUGUUCAGUUGUGGGAGGCCCAGAAGAUCAAACAGGCCAUCAUUCAUCCUGACACAGGGGAGAAGAUCUUCAUGCCAUUUCGAAUGUCAGGUUAUGUACCAUUCGGAACACCAAUUGUCAUUGGCCUCCUUCUCCCAAAUCAGACUGUGGUGUCUACCAUUAUUUGGCAGUGGCUGAAUCAGAGUCACAAUGCCUGCGUGAACUACGCCAACCGCAACGCUACAAAGCCUACGCCAACAUCUAAGUUUCUUCAAGGCUAUGUGGGAGCCGUGACGAGUGCCGUCUCCAUUGCAGUGGGACUGAAUGUGCUGAUUCAGAAGGCCAACAAGCUGAGCCCUGCCACCAGAAUGAUAAUCCAGAGACUUGUCCCCUUCCCAGCUGUAGCGAGUGCAAACAUCUGCAACGUGGGCCUGAUGAGACACAAUGAGCUGUCUGAAGGUAUCGAUGUGCUGGACAACAAUGGGAAUGUGGUGGGAUCCUCCAAAAUCGCUGCAAGACAUGCUAUCAUGGAGACCGCCUUCACACGUGUGGUCCUCCCCAUGCCGAUCUUCGUCCUGCCCCCCAUCAUCAUGUCCUACCUCGAGAGGCUGCGAUUCCUGCAGAGCAACCGCAGAUUGUUGCUGCCCAUCCACAGCUUUGUGUGCCUGCUCACCUUCGGCCUCUCGCUGCCUGUGGCCAUCAGUCUGUUCCCCCAGAUGUCUCAGAUUGAAGUAUCUCGCCUUGAGCCGGAGAUCGCCAUGGCAACAGAUUGCAAGGUGGUGACCUACAACAAGGGUUUAUGAUGGAUGGCGUGGUGCGGGAGAGGAGAGGACGAUGGGAGCGAGGCUGCGAUGAGAAAAGCCGUCGGGGAGAACCAGCAGCAGGGUUCCUCCUGUAGACAGGUUGGAGAACUGUCUCCUGCCUUGUAAUCGCUGUAGAUCAGCACUAACCCCAUGUUUCUAAACCUGUUUUCUACUGUAAUAAUGGAGAUGAGGAAUCUUGAGAGUUUGAAAAUGCCAUAGAUUAUUUUCUUUCUUCCUGAUUUUAAGAACUCUGUAUAUAGAAAUGCUGUUAUAUUUACUGUAAAAUCAAUUUUUAUCAUUAAUCAAUUAUUUAAUAAGUACAAUUCAGUGUUUACACACACACACACACACACACACACACACACACACACACACAAUCACACACACACACACACACACACACACACACACACACACACACACACACACACACACACACACGUCACACUACUACUGAUGUAGUUCUGGCUACUCAAGUAUAUUUUCGCGUUUUAAAUGCAGUUUAACUUGCAAUAAAUUACAUUUCCGUCCACUUUGGAGGUUUAAGGUAAACCUUUUGAUGUGACAAAUGUCUUAACCAACAGAUUCCUGUUCAAACAUCUAGCUCUAUUAUUUGUUUGGAGCUGUGUUUUCGGCCUCCCUUUUUGGUCUCCAUCACCUUCUGAGAGGAAAAUAUCUGGAUUUUCAGCUGCUAAAUGCUCCACUGAGUUUAUCAGAGCUGCUUGGAUAGAAGCAGCUGUGAGUGAAUCAAAGCAGUGAAGCUCUGAAGCUGGAAAAGAAAAAAAACAAGAGGUGAUGGAGGUUAUAAAGCUCUGUGGAACUGAGAGGAGCUGCAGAGUAAGAUAAAUAUUUCUCUCUGAGUUCAUCACAAGGAGCAGCUCUUCACAGCAAUGCGUUGAAUCCUGUGAUCCAUUUUCCCACAGAUGCAUUUAUAUUAUCUGUUUUCGUGUUGUCCAUGACACAAAGAAGGAUCCCACUUCCUCUUUUGUCUGGCAAUCAACUGGCUGAGGUUUUGGUGCUAAACAGGAGCUUGUAAACUAAUCAGCUGCUAAUUAAUUUAUCUUUGUGUCAGCCACUUAGCUCCUGAAUUAGUAGCUUCCAUUUGUUUUGACUGUGUAACCCUUAAAAAUGAAGCCAUGACUGCUGACAGCUCCUUGACAAGUAGAUUAAUUUCUAUUCUUCUGGUCUGAAGAGGUGAAAUAUUCAAGUCUGAGUCUGAAUUGUUCAGGUGAUCAUUAGUUUAAAUCAGAGGCUUGUUCCUGACCCAACUAAUACUUGAUUUUUUUGCGAUUUUCUUUUAACUUGAUAACGAUACAUCAGCACUUGUAACACCUCAAAAUGGAAAUUACUGAGGACUUGUACUGAGUGGGACACUUUAGAGCUGAAAACCUGACAGAUCAGUGCUCUCUGGUGGACAAACCGAAGAGAAAAUAUGAUGCAGAUCUUUCUGAACUGCAGUUUCUUCUCACCUGAACGCUGGUAAUCACAGAGGCUCCAGGCUGUGAAAGUGGUUCAUAGAACCUGUGGGAAACAUUUUGCAAUAAAUAUCAGUAUGUAUUAAAACUCUGAAAUCUCCAGGCAGCACUGCUGAUAUCAAACUGUUUAAUGUGAAACCUGCUGAUGACGACUGUGGAGCGACUGAGAACACAAUGCAUGCUCUACUGUACAUUUAUGUAAAUUUUUGUGUUUUUUAAACUGAUAGCUGAUUACAUUCCAGGAUUUGAACCCAAAUAAUGUGAAAUAACACACAGAACUCCUGAUAUUAAUGUUCCUUCCUAACUUGUAUGAAGGACAUUUUGCUCCACUACUGACUGUUGUUAAACCGCUCAUGUAUUCUUAAGAAAUUCUUAAUAAAUUUGGUCUUUUGUACAAUAA